CCCCCUUUUUAACCACAAACCGAAUUUUCUUUCAUUUAGGUGAUCUAUAUAUAUCUAUAUCGUAUAGCUUAUAGCUUAUAUCUAUUUUAAAUAACUUAAAGCCGCUAAAAUUUGGGGGGGAACAGCUUUCGCCCUGGAGCGGUGCGCGAUGCUGUCUCACGCCGACCUCCUGGACGCCAGGCUAGGUAUGAAAGAUGCCGCCGAGCUUCUGGGCCACCGGGAGGCGGUGAAGUGUAGGCUGGGCGUAGGGGGCUCCGACCCCGGGGGCCAUCCAGGGGACCUGGCGCCCAACUCCGACCCCGUCGAGGGAGCCACUCUGCUGCCCGGGGAGGACAUCACCACAGUGGGCUCUACUCCCGCUUCGCUGGCGGUAAGCGCCAAAGACCCAGACAAGCAGCCCGGGCCCCAGGGCGGCCCCAACCCCAGCCAGGCCGGCCAGCAGCAGGGCCAACAGAAGCAGAAGCGCCAUCGGACGCGCUUCACCCCCGCACAGCUCAACGAGUUGGAGAGGAGCUUCGCCAAGACUCACUACCCCGACAUCUUCAUGCGUGAGGAGCUGGCGUUGCGUAUCGGGUUGACCGAGUCCCGAGUGCAGGUGUGGUUCCAGAACCGACGCGCCAAGUGGAAGAAGCGCAAGAAGACGACCAACGUGUUCCGCGCGCCUGGCACGCUGUUGCCCACGCCCGGUCUGCCUCAGUUUCCGUCGGCCGCAGCCGCUGCCGCCGCCGCCAUGGGCGACAGCCUGUGCUCUUUCCACGCCAACGACACCCGCUGGGCGGCGGCCGCCAUGCCGGGCGUGUCCCAGUUGCCCCUGCCGCCGGCGUUGGGCAGGCAGCAGGCCAUGGCGCAGUCGCUGUCCCAGUGCAGCUUGGCGGCUGGGCCGCCGCCCAACUCCAUGGGCCUGUCCAACAGCCUGGCGGGCUCCAACGGCGCCGGGCUGCAGUCGCACCUCUACCAGCCCGCCUUCCCCGGCAUGGUGCCCGCCUCCCUCCCCGGCCCCAGCAACGUCUCCGGCUCGCCCCAGCUCUGCAGCUCUCCGGACAGCAGCGACGUGUGGCGGGGCACGAGCAUCGCCUCCCUCCGCCGCAAGGCGCUAGAGCACACAGUCUCCAUGAGCUUCACUUAAUGCAGCCGCGCCUCGGCCCGCUUCGCCCCGGCGCCGCCCCAGGGCCACCCCGAGGCCCGUCCCGCGCGCGCCCGGUCCCCCCUCUCCCUGCCCGGCCCCGGCCUGGCGCCCUGUCCCCGUCCCGCCCCGUCCCUCUCGUUUGGUCCCGGCCUCUCUCCUCCACUCGCUCGGGCUCCCCACCAGUCCCAGUCUGCGAGGCCUCCCCACGCCUGAUUUCGCUCGCCCGUGGUCCCCCGCCUCCCAAGGUCGUCUUUCCUUCCCGACCAGCUCCUCCCGCGGCCGGGCCUCCAGCGCCCCAUGCCACCCUUCCUGCCACCCCCUGGCCUCCCGGCUCGCACUGAUAGUGCUCGCGCCCUGCUCCCGGCCUUCUGACGCGCGGCGUUCCCACCCACACCUAGGACACGACGCCGACGACCCUCCUCGCCCGCGCCUCCCCUCUGGCUCCUUCUUUCCCCGCGCCUCCCGCCCCUCCUCCAACGCCCGGCAGAAAGCAUCCUUCCCGCCAUUUUACUUACCAGGGAGUCGACUCAGGAUCUGAAAUCAGACACCAAUGGACUGGUUUGUGGGCAGAAACACACACGCACACACACAUUCGCACUCUCGCUCACGCUCAGACACUACACAACACGCGCGCGCACAGACACAGUGCACCUAGGUCACACACGGACGUGUUCAAGGGACAGCACAAUGUUAGGGAUUUUUGUCUUAAAGGAGGACAAGCAUCUGCUACCAGCCGCCUCAUCUGAGGGCCUAACAGAUACCAUUUGAUUUCUCCUUGUAUUCUUUCUCCAAUCUCUUCUCUUUCUCACCUCGCCCACCACCUACCUACCCUUGCCCCGUCUCUCCAGUCACAUUCUUGCGGCCCUCUAUCGGCUUGCAAAAGAACGCUUUCAUUUGAUCUUAUUUUUAUUUUCUUAAGCACAACUUGGUGAGGGUAUAGAAGGGAAUGCUUUUCAGGAGGAACGUGCCAGUGGAUUGGGUGGCUGGUGUACACUAAAGCAGUGAUGUUAUGAAGAGGUGAAUUACUCAUUUUGAUAAGUCUUUGUAAGGAAGAAUAAAAUAAACAUGUAAGGAAGCUUUCUUUUUGUAAAAGCAAAAGUCACAUCUCUUCUCUGGAUCCUUCAGGACUGGGGUUUGUUUGCUUCCUUUUCCGUUUCUCUCUUCUCGCUGCUCUGUGCCCUUGGUUGUUUUGUGGUCGUCCUGUCGUCCCUUGUGCCCCUCGGCCACCUGCCGGCCGCCCAUGGGUGCACUUGGACAUCUACAACCCUGCAACUUUGUACAGAGAAACACAAUCAGCUCUUUCUGCAUGUGCUGGUCAAAUCCAAACCCAGAGAACAGAAGCGCUUUCUAAGAAUGAACAAACAUGUGAAAUAGGAUGUUUUGUGUAGAUAAAGCAUUCUUGUUACAUACUGGUCAAUUUGUGAUAUGUUUUAACUUAUUGUCUGUGCUUAUUUAUGGAAUUUGGUUUUCUUAAUAAAUGUUUGAGCUAACAUAAAGCAUAUUAUUUGACUUUUCCGGACAAGUUUAUAUCAAGUUAAAUGUAAAUGGAUAAAAUAAAAUCAUUUUCGGUAUGUGA